UCCAUUUCCUCGAGCUGACCUUCCUCAGAUUAAUUCCGGGUAUUUGGCUGCUUGUGACCUGCCAUUGGUUUUCGUGCUAAGACAAUAAAUCAUGUUUUCCCUAUCUGAAGAGCCAAGUUCCAUAUUUCCUGAACUACAAGAAACAGAAAGUCAAGAGCAGCUGCCAUGUGAUGUAUUAGAUGAGUUCUUUACUCCACAACGUUUGAAGGCCUAUAGUAGGGUAAAAAGCAGUUUACCCGUUGCUGAUGAACAACAUCUGAAGGUGUAUCUGAGAGUGAGACCAUUUUUAAAAGCAGAAUUGGCAAAUAACGAAUCCAAGGACUGUGUAAUUAUAGCGGAUUCAGAAACCCUUGUGUUGGAAGCACCUAAGCAUUCGACCACUAUGAAGAAUAGUGAAAGAGGCAUUGGACAAGCUGUACAUAAGUUUACGUUUUCCCAGAUCUUUGGGCAGGAAACCAGUCAAAAAGAAUUCUUUGAUGACACAGUAAAGGAUCUGGUUAAACAAUAUCUCCAAGGGCAAAACUGUUUGGUGUUUACCUAUGGAGUUACCAAUGCUGGAAAGACCUACACUAUUCAAGGUACUGCUAAAGAUGCUGGUAUCUUGCCAAGAGCACUGGGCAUGCUCUUUGAUCACAUAAAAGGCAGACAAUAUCAAAAGAUGGAUUUAAAGCCACAUGUCGGUGAUGAGGUGUUAAAACUGAACAGCCACCAAAUCUGGCAAGAAAAAACUAUCAAGGCUGCAAUCUUUUCCAUGCUGAAAGAGGAAACAGAAUAUCACCCUUUGAAGAUGCCAACCAACAAGAGCAGCCAAAAGGACCUGGCACAGCCUAGUUCCACCUCUCCAGCAGUCCCUGUAUCCUCGGAUCAUUUAGCAUCUGCUAUGGGUCUCGCUGAUCAAAGACCACCAAAAUAUUCAGUAUGGGUUUCAUUUUGUGAGAUUUACAAUGAAUAUGUGUACGACCUAUUGGAUGCAGUACCAACUUUAAAAAGCCAGAAACGUCAAAACCUGCGAGUCUGUGAAGAUCAAAAAGGAAAUAGCUAUGUUAAAGAUCUAAAGUGGAUCAACAUUACCAGCUCAGAUGAAGCUUUCAAGUUCCUGAAAAUAGGAAAUAAAAAUCGAAGUUUGGCUUGCACCAAAAUAAAUCAACAAUCAAGCAGAAGUCACAGUAUAUUCUCCAUUCGACUGAUGGAAAUAAUUGGUGAAGAUGAGCCCUAUGUAAUAAGGACUUCUGAGCUUGUCUUAUGUGAUUUGGCUGGGUCAGAGCGGUGUGCCAAAGCACAAUCUUUUGGCGAUCGACUGAAGGAAGCAGGAAACAUUAAUACAUCUCUCCUUAUCCUUGGCAAAUGUAUUUCUGCUCUCAGACAGAAGCAGCAGAAUAAACUGAAAUCAAUUGUUGUCCCUUUCCGAGAGUGCAAGUUGACGCGUCUCUUUCAAGCUUUCUUUUGUGGCAAAGGCAAAGCUUGUAUGAUUAUUAAUAUAAACCAGUGUGCUUCCAUGUAUGAUGAAACUCUCCAUGUCCUGAAAUUUUCAGCAAUUGCUAAGCAGAUAGUUCAGAUCAUUCACCCAAAAGUAGACUUGCAACUUAUUGAUCCAAUGAAGGGGAGUGAUGCCAGUAUGAUGGUAUGCACUGAUCUCUGUGAAGCGCUCUCUGCUGAAAAUUUCUUUUCUGAAGAUCCAUUAAUUAAAGGUGAAGAGGAACGGGAAAAUGAAGAGCUGGAUGUUGCCACCUUGGGCCAUGAAGAAUUAUUAGCCUUGAUAGAAAACAUAAAACAAAAACUGAUUGCUGAAAGACAGCACAAACUGGUUUUGGAAAUUCGGGUUCGUAAAGAGAUGGGAGAAGCCAUGUUUCAGCAACUACUGCAUACAGAAGAGGUGUGGAGUGAGCGGUUUGAAGAACUAAAGGAGAUUUAUGAAGAACAAUUGGAAAGUAAACUCUACAUGUACAAAGAAUCAAUCAGGCGACAUGCAUAUAAAUGUGCUUUGGUAGAAGUUCAAGAUAAAUAUCUUGCAAAAGAAGAGUUCAUUGCUGAGCAGCACAAAGUGAAGGUGAGGGAUUCAAAAGUGGAGGAGCUGGCAACCACAUUCAGUAAUUACCAAAGACAAGCUGCUAUUGCUGAAAAUUCUGAAUCUUUAACUCGAUUGCUGGAGGAGUUGGCAUGGUACAAAGAAGAAGUUCCAAAAACACAAUCUCAGCUGGAGAGUCUUCAGCUAGAAGCUGCUAUAAAUGAUAGUGAGGUAAACCGAUAUAAAGAAUUAUAUAGGAGCAAAGUUGUAUCUGAAGAACAGAAUGCAAAACUGCUGAAGGAAAAGGAUCAGGUGAGCAAGUCCUUGAUGAGGGAGAUGAAGGAGAUGCAUAUUGCUUUGCAGAAGGCAGAGAAAAAUUCUCAAGAGAGUAAUGAAGAGGUGAAGAAACUUAAUUGGAUUAUAACAGAGCAGGAGAAGAUGCUUAAGGAUAUUGAAGAAGAGCAUGCUGAGCAAAUCCAGCAACUACAAAAUAUGGUGUCCAAACUCCAGGAAGAACUUGCUCUCUCUACAAAGCUAUCUCAGGCUGAAAAACCACCACAAACAAAUAAAAGGCUGUUUGCAAAUUUAACUGGAUCCAAACUGGCAGUUGGCUCACCUUCAAAAAACAGUUUGUUUAAAUCCAGGGAGCUGAUUCCUCGGCUGAAAGUUAAAAAGAACAUAGUUUCUGGUAAACUGCCAUCGAUACCAAGUAAAACUAAUGAAUAAUUCAUUGUCAACUUGUUUAGUCUAAUUAGUUUUUAUACUUGUUU